UUGAAAGCAUAACAUAAUAUCUGAUUGAAUACCAUUGAUAUGACAAACUAGAGCUCCUUCUCUACUCUGGUAUUUAUAGUCACUGAGUGUUUAGUUAUUAAAUAUUAGAUAAGUUUCUGAAAACUAGUUUUUAUCGAACAUUAAAGACAAGGAUCCCUGAGUUGUGAGACAUUUAUUGAGUUAUUGGUUAUAAAGUGAUUGAAUUGUAAUCGUUUGAAGAAAUAGUAAAUUACAUAAAGAAUGAAAGACUUUAACGAACUAUUGUCUCGAAAUGGGAGAAAAGGCCACAAAUGGAUCUCUUAUGGAACGGCAGGAUUUCGUGAUAAAGCUAUUGAAUUGCAACACAUUAUGUUCCGAAUGGGAAUAUUGGCCACAAUCAGGGCUAGAGUUGUCAAAGCAACCAUUGGAGUGAUGAUAACUGCAUCCCAUAAUCCCGAAGAAGAUAAUGGCUUGAAAUUAAUUGAUCCAAAAGGAGAGAUGUUAGACCCAACCUGGGAAUCCAUUUGCACUCAUUUAGCAAAUAUUAGUGAUGAAGAACUUUUAAAUGCAAUUAAUUCACUCAUCAAAGAAAAAGGCGUUGAUAUGAAAGAUGAGGCCAAUGUAUACGUGGGAAGGGAUACGCGAUCGAGUAGUGACAGGCUUUGCAAAGCCGUCAUCGACGGUAUAGUCGCGGGUGAGGGCAGUGCACAUGAUUUCGGGAUAACAACGACACCACAAAUCCAUUAUAUGGUUCUUUGUGUCAAUACUAAUGGCGAAUACGGAGAGCCCACUGAAAACGGUUAUUAUCGCAAACUGUCCGAAGCGUUCAUCAAAUUGAACGGACAAAACGGCGCUCAAGUCGUUAGCAAUAAUUACGUGCCUUCGGUUGUGGUCGACGGCGCCAAUGGUGUCGGCGCUCCUAAGGCUAAACAAUUGAAACAAUUUCUGGGAAAUUCAUUAAAUAUGGAAGUGAUUAAUGACGGAAAUGGAGUUCUCAAUGAGAACUGUGGCGCAGACUUCGUGAAAGUGCAACAAAGAGCGCCCAAAGACUUGCACUUUGAGGUCGGCAAACGGUAUCUGUCUUUCGACGGCGACGCCGACCGAAUCAUAUACUUCUACAAGAACUCCGACGACGGGCUCUUCCAUAUGCUCGACGGCGACAAAAUCGCUGUUUUAAUUGCAUCUCAUUUGAAACAACUGUUAACUUCAGCUCAAAUAGCGGACAUUGACUUAUGUAUCGUUCAAACGGCUUAUGCGAACGGAAGCUCUACUCAUUAUAUCGAGAAUACGCUGAAAUUGCCCGUCCAUUGUGUGCCCACAGGAGUGAAAUACUUGCACCACAGGGCACAACAGGCGGACAUCGGUGUGUACUUCGAGGCCAACGGUCACGGGACGGUCACUGUCUCCCACACCACUAUCGAUCGCAUCAAACAAGUCUCAAACGACGUUACGCUCAAACUCUUAACGUUCAUUGAUUUGAUAAAUCAGACGGUCGGCGACGCCAUCAGCGAUAUGUUGGUCAUUGAAACCAUUCUGAGAAGUAGAGGGCAGUCCAUACAAGAAUGGGAUCAGUUAUAUACAGAUUUACCGAAUCGUAAUAUUAAAGUGUGUGUAAAAGACCGAAAUGUGGUCACAACGGGAGACGCGGAGCGCAAGUGUUUGACACCAAUUGGAUUACAGGACAGAAUCGAUGCCAUUGUCAACAAAUUCGGAGUCCAUUCGCGAGCAUUCGUGCGGCCGUCGGGUACUGAAGAUGCCGUCCGAGUGUACGCCGAGUCCACCACUCAGGAAAAGGCCGACUCUUUGGCCAAAGAAGUGGCAGAAGUUGUGUCCGAAUUGGCAGAAAGCGUACCAAACAAAUGACAAAUGACUUAACAAUUACCGUA